CUGUGUCCACGUCAAACCUGACAGCAGCAGCCGAUCGGAUAAAUAUGGCUGCAGUUGAGGUGGCACUUUCUGCCCCUUGUCUUGUUGUCAGACCUUCUAAAGCCCGCUGAAAACACCGCUCACACUCAGCGUAGGCGACCGUACUCAGCGUUUGUAUGUAAAGUAAGAUAGUAGCUGUUUAAAUGGCAUAUAACAUCGUUUAGGUUAGCUUAGCUUAGCCUAGCUUAGCAAAUUCCUCCAGAUCAGCUGUUGAUAAAUGAGCUUUGUCAGUCCGAAAAACGACUUGGUUUUAAGAUUAAAGUGGAUUUUAAAGUUGAUGUGGAGUUUAUAUUACAGCUUAAUGACUACAUUAGCUGUAUCAUCUCUGGAAUUUAAGCUAGGCUAGCCCCCUCCCCUGCUAGUCCUCCUCGGCCCGGCUUUGUUUUGGUUUGUUUUGUAGCCGUCAACAUGUCAUCGUGGCUGGGGGGAAUCGGCUCCGGCCUCGGGCAGUCCCUGGGACAGGUCGGAGGAAGCCUGUCCUCCUUCACCGGGCAGAUAUCUAACUUCACCAAAGACAUGCUCCUGGAGGGGGUGGAAGAAGUAGGAGAUGCUGCCACAGAACUACAGAUGUCCAAUUCCAAGUUGGCCGACACCGAGGCUGCGUUUACCUCUCAGAAAUCUGAGUAUGAAAGAUUACGAACGCUCUACUCGGAGCUCGAGGAGAAACUGGAAGCUUCAGAGAUCCAGAUUAAAAGCCAGUCUGCGGAGUACAGAUCCCUCCUGCAACAGAAGGAUGUGGAGAUCAGUCACCUGAAGGCCCGGCAGAGCGGUCUCCAGGACGAGUUCCAGACCCUGCAGCAGUCGGCUCAGUCUUCCUCCGUCGGCCCCGCCAUGCUACCCGUCACAACCACCGCCUCCUCCACCACCACCUCCUCCUCUGCCUCCUCCUUCAUGUCACGGCCCACGGGGACCCACUCGGGUUUCCACGGCGACGAGAUGGACCUCAGCGACGUGCUGUGGUCUCAGCAGGAGAUCAACCGGCUGUCCAAUGAGGUCCUGCGCCUGGAGGCCGAGGUGGCUCACUGGAGGAGGAUGUCUCAGGCGUCAACAGCAGCAGGGACGGGUAACGGCGACCAGGGAGAGAUCCUCAAACUCCAAAGAACUAUCAAGGAUCUGCGUGAGGAGAUGAGUCGAGAGGUGGACGAGCAUCAGCACGAGCUGGCGGCGCUGCAGGACGCUCAGCGGCAGAAGAUGGCCGACAUCACCCGCAGACACAAGGAGGACUUGGCGGAGUACGAGGAGAGGAUCGAGGAGCUGGAGGAGCAGAUUCACGGGGGUGGGAGUCCGGCCUCUUCCCCGUCCGACGCCUCCAAGCUGUCUGAACUCCAGCAGACCGUCGCCGCUCUGCAGGAAGCGGCCGAUCAGCGGGAGCAGGAGCUGCAGGAGAUGUCAGCCAGUCUGGAGGAGGCGCGGAGCAAACAGGCGUCUCUGCAGCAGGAGAAGGACGAGGCUCAGGAGGAGAACACGGAGCUGCUGCAGAAUUACACCCGCCUGCAGACCUCCGUCACCGAGCUGCAGACCAGAGUGCAGGAGCAGGAGGGCAAGAGCCUGCAGAAAGCCCAGCUGGAGCAGGAGAUCCAGGGGCUGAGGGACAAGCUCACAGCUGCAGAAAAAGAAAUUGAGGGACUGAAAAGCCUUGAUGAGGCAGAACCAAAAGAAGAGGUUGAGCAUGCAGACAUCUUGGAGCUGAACACCAUCAUCGGGACGUUGAGGCAAGAAAAGGAAGUCCUGGAACAAGACAAGCUUGAUCUGGAAGAAAGACUGAGGCUGUCGGUGGAGCAGAGAGUCAGCAGUUCUGCAGAGGCAGAGACGAGUGAUUGGGAGGCUGUGGAGGAUCUGAAACUGGAGCUGCAGCGCCAAGACAAAGCCCUGAGGAACAGGGAGGAGGAGCGGGACACCCUGAUGUCAGAGCUGGAGGAGCUGGACCGGCAAAACCAGGAAGCAACACAGCACAUGAUCUCGGUGAAGGAUCAGCUCUCCGCUCAGCUGAAGGAGGCCGAGGCGGAGCUGAACACAACCAAAGACCAGAGGAGCGCGCUGGAGGAGGAGCUUCAGAACCAAAAGGAGCUGACGAGCCAGAGCGCCUUCACCCUGAACGACCUGCACAUGGGCAAACAGCAGCUGGAGCGCUCGCUGAAGGAAAUGAAGGAGAAACUGGGAAAUGCACAGGGGCAGAGCAAGGAGGCGAGGAGAGAAAUCACAGAGCUGAAGAAGACCCUGCAGGAGCGAGAGGAGCAGUUAUCUGUGGCAAGAGCUGCGCUGCAUCGGGAGGGGGAGACGGGAAGUGAUGAGAAGCUAGCAGCGAAGGAGAGAGAAUUGUCCGACCUGAGGAGGGAAUUUGAGGAGAUGAGGAGCUCUCAGGAGAUGGCGCUGUCUGAGGAUUACGAGCUAAAGAUGGAGAACAGGAGGUUGAAGGAGGAGAAGGAGAGCCUGGCAGCUCUGAGCAGGACGUUGCGGGAGAAGGACACUCGUAUCGAGGCGCUGAAGCUGGAGAAGAUUCAGCUGGAGGGGGAACUGGGACAGGUGGAGAGGACGGUAGCAGAGCAGGGGAAGCAGUACCAGCAGACCAUCGAGGAGCUGACCCGAGCUCGCUCCAUGGACGCCUCGGCGCUGCAGAUGGAGCACGAACGAGCCGUCAAACUGAACCAGGAGAAAGACCUGGAGAUAGCUCAGCUGAGGAGAGACGCCGAGCAGCUGGCGUCCGACCAGAGAGACACCAACGAGAUGCUGUCCAUCACGGUCGCUGGGCAGAAGCAGCUGACCGACCUGCUGCAGGAGAAGGACGUCUUCAUGGACACGCUGAAACAAAACGCUUCGGAUCGGCAGAAGGAGAUGGAGAACAGCAUCACGGUCGUGAAGAAGGAGGCGGAUGCUCUGAAACUGGUGCUGGAGGAGAAGGACAGACAGCUGGGCGGCAUGAAGGAGGAGAACAGCCAUCUGAAGGAGGAGAUCGACCGACUCAGGGAUCAGCAGAGCCGGCCUCAAGCUCUAGCCGAGCCACGGACGCUAGACAUCAUCACGGAGCUGGAGACGGAGAUCACGCAGCUUAAGCUGUCCAGGAACAUACUCGCAGAGGAGGUGCAGACUCUGAGGAGAACCACGGAGGAGCUGCAGGCGUCUCUGCUUCUGUCGCAGCAGACUCUGCAGGCUCAGCAGACGGAGCUGGAGCAGGCUCACGCUCGCCAUCAGCAGACGACGCUCAACUACGACCGGCUGAUCCACGCCAGAGACCAGGAGAUCUCCCGCCUGCAGGAUCAGCUGAGCGAGAGUCGAGCGCACUCCCCCUCUGUGCAGGGAGACGUCAUCCUGCAGGAAGAGAAGACCCAGACUCUGAAUCAGGAGAACGGCAACGAGAAACACGACCUGUCCAAGGUGGAGAUCAACAAGCUGGUGCGAGGCAUCAAGGAGAAGGAGACGGAGAUCAGCCAGCUGAACGAGAAGAACCUGUCGCUUACCCGACAGCUGGAUCAGCUGGUGGUGUCUCGGGAUGAGGUGGGGAAAUUGUCCCAGAUGAUCCUGCAGAAGGACCUGGAGAUCCAGGCGCUGCACGCCCGAGUGUCCAUGGCUGCAGGCGGCGGCCACAGCCAGGACGUCCUGUUCCUCCAGCAGCAGCUGCAGGCGUACGCUGUAGAGCGCGAGCAGGUGAUCGCCGUGCUCAACGAGAAGGCGAGGGAGAACAGCCAGCUGCGCUCUGACUACCACCGCCUCAUGGACAUCCUGUCGGGGAAGGAGGCGGCGCUGCUGAAGCUGCAGCAGGAGAACCAGCGCCUCUCCACCAUGAGCGAUCCCUCAGGAAGCCAGGAGAUGUUCAAGGAGACGAUCCAAAACCUGUCGCGCAUCAUCCGGGAGAAGGACAUCGAGAUCGACGCGCUGACGCAGAAGUGCCAGACGCUAGUGACGGUGCUGCAGGCAUCGGGAGGAGAGCCCGGCAGCGGGUCGGGAGGCGUCAGCAGCAACCAGUUCGAGGAGCUGCUGCAGGAGCGCGACACGCUGAAGCAGCAGGUGAAGAAGAUGGAAGAGUGGAAGCAGCAGGUGAUAACCACGGUGAAGAACAUGCAGCACGAGUCGGCGCAGCUGCAGGAGGAGCUGAUCAAGCUGCAGGGCCAGUUCUCCGCCGACAGCGACUGCUCCUCCAAGCUGUCGGUGGAUUACGCCGGGCUGAUCCAGAGCUACGAGCACAAGGAGAGGAGGCUGGGCAGUCUGAGUCAGGAGCUGGCUCAGGUGCAGCAGAGCAUUACGCAGCUCAGCACCACUAAAGACGUGCUGCUGGGUAAACUGGACAGCGUGGCUCUGACUCCAGAAGUCACAGCUGAUGCUCCGAGCCCGCAGACGCCUCCGACACUGAACAGUGACAAACUGCAGGAAGAAAUCAUCAGAUUGCGGAGUCAGUUAGCGGAGAAGGAGAGCAUGAUCAGGACUCUUCAAGAGAACAACCACCGGCUCUCCAACUCAGCGUCGGACACGGAGAGUGAGCAGAGGAGUCAGAUGGAGGAGGCGCGACUGGUGAAAGAGAGGUUGGAGGCCCUGCAGAGGUCCGUCAGGGAGAAAGACCUGCUCAUCAAAAGCAAAGGAGACCAGCUGGGCCAUGUGAGCGAGGCGCUGCGAAACCGCGAGAACGACAACGAGGUGCUGAAGCAAGCCGUUACCAACCUGAAGGAGCGCGCUCUGAUCCUGGAGCUGGACGGGAGGAAGCUGAAGGAGGAGAACGAGCUGGUGGUGUCGCGCUCUCGAGAGAAGGAGUCCGAGUUCAGAGCGCUGCAGGAAACCAACAUGCAGGUGUCGCUGCUGCUCAGAGAGAAGGAGUUCGAGCUGACUGCCGUGAGCGAGAAGAGUGCCACUGUGGAGAGGAUGCUCAAAGACAAGGAGCAGGGUAAGUCUGGAGAGCUGAAUCAGCUGCUGAACGAGCUGAAGUCCAUGCAGGAGAAAGCCGUGGCCUUCCAGCACGAGAGGGACCAGGUGAUGAUGGCGCUGAAGCAGAAACAGAUGGAGACCACUGCGGUGCAAACUGAGCUUCAGCAUGUGCGGGACAAAGAGCAGCGUCUGAACCUGGAGCUGGAGAGGCUGCGUAAUCACCUGCUGGACAUCGAGGACUCGUACACCAGGGAGGCUCUUGCUGCAGAGGACAGGGAAAUGGAGCUGCGCAGGAGAGUCACUCUGCUGGAUGAGAGGCUGGCGUCCUCCUCCAGCGCUGUGGAGAACGCCAGCCAACAGGCCAGCAUGCAGGUGGAGUCUCUGCAGGAGCAGCUGAGCGGCGUGGUGAAGCAGAGGGACGAUGCUCUGAUCCAUCUCAGGACGUCCCAGGAGCAGGUCAACCAGUACGCAGUGUCGCUGUCCAACCUGCAGAUGGUGCUGGAGCAGUUUCAGCAAGAGGAGAAAGCGAUGUACUCUUCAGAGCUCGACAGGCUGAAGAAGGAGAAGGACGAGUGGAAGAGGAAAGCUGAGAGGCUGCAAGACCAGGCCUCAUCUCUGCAGAUUAACCUGGACGAAGCCAGCGCUGCUCUGGAGUCGGCGUCUCGCCUCACCGAUCAGCUGGACCUGAAGGAGGAGCAGGUGGAGGAGCUGAAGAAACAAGUGGAAGUGAGACAGGAGAUGCUGGAGGAGGUGCAGCAGAAACUGAUGAGUCUCCUGAACAGCACGGAGGGGAAGAUAGAUAAAGUCCUGAUGCGUAACCUGUUCCUGGGAUACUUCCACACACCGAAAACCAAACGUGCCGACGUGCUGAGGCUCAUGGGAAGUGUGCUGGGGCUGAGCAGAGAAGAUGUGGACAAGAUGUUGGAGGAAGACGGUCGCCAGGGCGUCACAGGAUGGGUUUCUAACUGGCUCGGAGGAAAAGGAGCUCAGAGUGUCCCAAACACUCCUCAGAGACCCACCAGCGCACAAACCCUCAACUCGUCCUUCUCGGAGAUGUUUGUAAAGUUCCUGGAGAUCGAGUCGACUCCUUCGCUGCCCGCACCGAAACUCCUCAUGCAUGAGAUCACGCCUCUGAGCGCUCCGCCUCCGAGGAGAGCCAACACCGCUGCUUCCAGCACCGCCGCAGGGGGUGCGGCGCUCGGGAAGCGACCCGGCGAGCAGAACCCGUUCCUGGCCCCGCGCUCCGCCGCCGUUCCCCUGCUGGCGGGCUCCAGCUCCGGGGGCCCCGGGGGUCACCUGCUCAUGAAGCCCAUCUCGGCCGCGCUGCCCACCUUCACCCCGGUGCCGGUGUCCGCGGAGAGCGGGGGAGCCGUGCUCAAAGACCUGUUGAAGCAGUGAUGCACACUUUAAAGGAGAACACACUACAGACUGAGAUGCUGCUCUGUUUCACAUAUCCUGCGGAAAUAAAGGCUUAAUAAUCCCUGUGUUUUUAAGAGGCGACUGAAACUCAAUGUAGUUUUUUAAAGCAAUUACCGCUCUAUGCAAUCCGUCUCAUCUUUAAGUUAUGAACGACCGAUGAAAGGACCAAGCCUGCAGAGAGGACGCACGAUGAGGUCAUUCACACUUCAGAAAACAACAUAUUUGAUUUUCAUAGAAACUGUCCUUUUCACUAUGAGUUACAUUUCGAUUUUUCUCCACCUCUGAAUACAAGUGACCUUUUUAGACUCGCUGCGUGCAUCCAUCGGGACAUCCUGCGAGUCUGCAGCCUGGGACGGCUUUUAUUCUCUCGUCUUUUUUCCUCCUUUCAGCGGCAAACUGCAUCAGAUCCAGGACUCUCCUCAAGGCUCUGGCAGCAGAAUCCUGCGUGCAGAUUUACGUGCUUCAGUCCAUCUGUUAAACCCAUGAAGACAUAUUUUGCUUGUCCGUCGCAGUGAUAUGCAAAGCACUGUAAUUACGUCUGCGGCCUGUGGUUGAUCGGCUCAUAUGUUAUUAUAGUUAUAUGGGGGGGGGCGUUUUCUUCUUAUUUAUAGGCACUAAAAAGGAAGUUUGGAAGUUUUAAGUGCCUGCAUUUUUGCUAAUUGGUUGUGUAAUCAGGAUUGUACAUGGUUAAUAUAAAUAUAUAUAUUUACAAAAUGUAAAAAAAUGCACAUUUAUGGAAGUUUUACCCGACCAGAGCCGGCCAGCGCUGCUCUGCAUUUUUGUAAAGACAUCAGUCAGCCGCUGCAGAGGGAGAGCUUCUCCAGGUGUGCUGGGGAAAUGUAAAAACCUGUAAAUCAGCUUUAAAAUCAUUUUUGUAGACUAAAAACAUGGAAGAAAAGGAGUUGGAUUACCUUGAAUGAUCUUUAACAGGAGUUAGUACACUUGAUUUAAUCUGAGUUUCAAAUCAAAUAAAAAGUACUGCUGUG